AUGGGCAAGCAGUUCAUUGUCCAGCCCCAGUCCCAGUGGGAGAGGGACAGGGAGCGGCAGCAGGCCAAGGAGGGCAGGGUGGACCAGGGUUGGGAAGGGCGGCAUGCCGGACAGGUGAACAAGAACAGGCUGAGCGCGCUGGGCGCUGGCCCUUCUGGCACCAGCGGGAGCCACGAGCGCGCACCGCCGCGCUCCCCCUCCCCCUCCUCGCCGCCUGCCAAAUCACCGCGGCCGUCUGUGCCUGCUUCCGAGUAUGACUCCGAGUUCGACUUUUCCGACGCUGAGGCGCAGGAUAGGACGGCAGGGGUCGUACACGACGCAGUUCAGCAGGCUGUGAUGCAAUACGGCUAUGACGACGAGCUCUUCCAGGCGUGGAGGGACGGCGAGAUACGGCGAAAGGACUUGCCGGAGGAGGUGGUGGCUAUGGCUUUGGACCUUUGCGAGAGGUGGCGAGCGGAGCAAGAGCGGGGUGAGGGGACACGGAUUGAAGAUCCCUACACCAAGAUCGUGCAGGGCGGGGACACAUGUCCCUAA